AAAUCAUCGGCAAAGAAUUCUGACUCUCAGAUUCUUACAUCUUUAGACGUCAACAUAUUUGACACCCCCCCAAGUUCCACAACAAAAGGAAACCCAAAGCGUGUGCUGGACGAACAAGCGACGGAGCCAGUUGAUGCUGAGUUGCAUAGCCUUAAUGAAUACAAGGAUACAAUUGAUGAGCUUAAAAAUGAAAUCUCGUUCCUCAACGAGCAAAUUCGAGAUUCUACCUUUGAGCUAGAAAUUGAGAGAGAUGAUUACAAUCACAAAAUUUUCGAAAAAGAUGCUACUAUUCUUCGCUUACAAGAAGAAAUAAACUCCCUGAAACAAUUGAAUCCCAAGGCCUUGGCCAAAAGUCUUAAUGAAGGGUUGGCUCUACUACACACCACUUUGGAAACCUUGACAAGUAGUCAAGUUAAUGUUCAACAUUCACGUGUUCAGUUAGAAAGAAGUGAAAGCGGUAGAACUAACCUAGUGAAGCUUCACAAAGAUUAUGAGACAACGAUUCAUCAAAAUGCGUUAGCAACCGCAAUGUCGUAUGGGAAGGCUGGUUCAAAAAAAAAGGACAUGAGCAAAAUGAUAAAUAUCAUCAUGGAAGCGCUGUGGGAUAGGGAAUUCAUGUCAAAACACAGCCUAACCGGAAAGAAGGCACCCACCGAUAAGACAAAUAAUCCUGCAAAACCUGCCCUUCCCAAGGAAGAUGUCCAAGCAAUUACGAGUUUCAUUGUGGAAUUUUGGGGAAGAAAACACAAGUUGGCAAUCGAUCCAUCCAUGGUCCAUCCUUGCAUCACAUCCAAACUACUAAGUGAACAUACGGCUCACAAGUCAAGAGAGAAGUUGUUCGUGGAGGAUGCCGGUAAUGAAGUACCAUCAGAAUAAAUCGGCGAACAUUUCUACAAGAACCGUUCAAGACGACGUUUAUGUGUAGCCCCACUUUUGAGUUCAACAGAUUUUCUAUUCUUUUCUUCAUUCAUUUUUUUCUUUUUCUAUUUUCUAUUUUUUUUUAUUUUCCAUUUUCAACUUCUUUUUUUCAUUAUUAUUAGAAAGUGUGUUGCGUCAUGCAAUCACAAACAAAACGUACACAACAUGCCCCUGCGAGGAUCCUUCAAUGAAAAGGGAUUAGAUUAUCUUUCAGUUCUCUGCUGGUAAGAUCUUAUGUUGCGCCCAACAGAAUAAUCUCCUCCAUCGCGCAUAAGUGUGGUCUUCUCGACACAACGGCAUUUACUCUUUUCUUUUCCGAUGACCCUCCUACUCCUCUCUCUAACCUCUUUUUUUCCUCUGCCGUUUCUGUCAAGCUAUUUAUUGUGUUGCUGUUAAAUGGAAUUAACGCGAAAGACGCAGGAAGUGGCCAGAACUUUAAUUGAACUUGGAAAUUGCUCGUAAUCUUAUUAUGUUUAUUUUAAAUGUAAAAAUGUGUGUGUGC